AUGUGGCUCCCGACACGCUCCGAGCCUCCCGCGGGGCGUAUCGAACCUAGGGACACGGCCGUCGUCACGGGGACGACAACCGAGCUUAACGGACUGCUGGCAUUCAUAGUGAUAAUCUGCCUGCUCCACCUCACAAGCAUCGUCCUGCUCGCCGUAGUUCUGUACAAAUACAGAAAGGAGACCAAAAAACUCCGCCAGCAGUGCCACGACCUGCGGGGCCGCGUCAUGGAGCAGCGCCGCGAGAUGGCGCGGCUCGUCUACAGCGGACGCGGGUCUAAGUACGAGGCGGGACCCGACGGGAUGCUCGAGCUCGACAACAACGACAUCGACGACGAGUGGGAAACGGUCCCGAUCGAGGAAAGAUCGCGGCCCAAGCAGCGCCCCGUGCGGCAGAAGUACUACCUCCACGGGCUGGCGCGGCGCUCCAGCAGCAGCAAGCCGUCGCCCCCGCGUCCGCGGCGCGUCCGGCACGCUCGCGUGGUGCCCCUACGGCGCCACACUGCUCCCGACCGCGACCAGGCGCAGCCUGCCGGCCCGCCGCCGCGCCCGCAGCGCGUGUCCGCCGGCCCUCCGGUCCUGCCGCCCCUGCCGCUCGCGCACGUCCGCGACCAGCCCCCGGCCGACGACCUGGACUUCUACGGGCUGUCGCCGUCGCCGCCGCCCCAGCCGCGCAGCUGCUGCAUCCCGCGCUCCGACGCGAUGAACUUCGAUCCCCCGGGUGCCGCCCACAGCAGCCAGCCGGACGCGCCGCCGCCGCCGCCGCCGCCGCCGCCGCUCGCGGGCGGGCGGGUCCGGGGCCUUUCCCGGUCCGGCUUCGCCGCCAGCGCCGCGCUCGCCGGCCUCGUCAACCCCAGGAAGAAGGCCGCCGACGUCGAGCUGCACCCCAUCACGCCGUCCAAGCCGCGCGCCCAGAACCCGCAGUACGCGCCGCCGCCCACGACGCCGCCGUCGCGGCCGCUGCCGCCGCUGCCGCCACGACCGCAGCGGAAGCAGGAGCCCCCCGUCCGCCGCGGACGCUCGCGCGCUGCCCGCCCGCCGCUCACGCCCGUCAGCGAGGGCAGCUCGCCCCGCCGCCCCGUCGUGCCGCUCCCUGCCACCGUCGCCGACGACGACGACGAGGAGAGCAAGCCCGUGACCCGCGCUGCCGCUGCCGCGGGCGACGACGACGACGUCCAGACCCUCCUGCGCUCCGUCACCUCCGACGACGAGGACGAUGACGCCCGCCGCCCCGGCGCCGCGUGA